GGAAUAGUAGAGCUUGAUAAUUUGCUCACACGCUAAUGCUGUUUAUCCUGAUAAAACUCUAAGGGACCUUACCAAACUCAAAACAAUGAAUGUAGAAGACAUGGCUAGCUUGGACAUUCUAGAAGACGUACAGGCUAACACGACCGAGUCAGAAGAAAGGCAGCCUACCAGUGUAACGGAACAGGUAGCAAAUGAACAAUCACAAAGCGCAAGUGAAACGGAGGAGAUAGCGAAAGAGCUGUUAGCCAUCGUCUGUAAAAAUGGUGGAAUUAUAGACGUGAAGGAUGCAAUCAGUUCACUGAGUCAGGACGGGAUUGAGUUUGUGAAUGAACAUGGCGUUUACCCUCUACUGCAGUCAUCUUUGAGCGAUGUCCUAAAACUCGAGGUGGAACAAAACCAAGGCACCCUAAAAGUGAAAGCUGAUAUUGAACUAUGCAAGGACUACGCGAAUGCAGAAUGCUCGUCACUGUACUACGAAUGCCGACGGUUACAUGUUUGUCCGCAGUUUGUAAAAGGAAACUGUGCAUCGGACGGCGAUGGGAAUCAGACUUGUGACCUUAACCAUAACUUCUCAAACGAACACGAGCAAGGGAUCCUCAGGAAGUCUAAAUUAGACACCCUACACGAAGGUUCUUUACUACCUCUGUUACGUAAUAUAAUCUUUGGCGUUUCGGAAGGAAUUUUAAGCAAUGUCGAAGUGUGCUCGCACUAUAACAGCGUGCCAGGUUGCCCCACUGGUGUUUCUUGCUUGAAUUUUCAUUUAUGCACAGCGUUUUCGAAGGGAGAAUGUGCCAACAGGGCGGAUGACUGCACGAAAAGCCACGACGUGCUUGAAGAAAAAUCUCGUUUGACUAAAGGUUUUAAAAUAUUGGAGCAACGAGUAAAGGCAACGCGGAUAAUAAAUUUUCAAAAUCUUCUUAACGUAGCGCGCACGGCGGCACUGACCCGAGCAGGCCCACCAAGUAUUGAUGAAAUCUGCAGUUUUCACCUCAAAGGAAAUUGUCGCUACGGUCGACUUUGCAAGAAGUACUGGAGUAAUCUGCCUUAUGUAUGGCAAAUUACGGUAACAUUGGAGGACGAUUCGGAAAAGUGGAUACAUUUUCCACUUUUGUACAGUCAGAUGAUUGAAUGGGAUUACUGCGAUGUUAGCAAGGAUACGUCUUUCGACAUAAAUUUUGGUGGUGGUCCAGGCGCCUUACUUCGUGUUUGUUUUGAUGAGAUGGUUGCAAAGACACGGACAGGUAAACACAACAAGAAAAACAAAAUAACAAAUUAUUAAGUGUGUUGUUAAUGACCAAGGCUUAAUAUUUUUUAACAACACAAAAAAGUCUAUUAUUGUAUUAAUAAAAUGAGGGAACCAACAGCAUCAUCACCAACACAAGCACCAUCACCACCAACAUAACCAACAAUAACAUUAAGCAUGAUCUACUGUCACUAAUGAUUCUUACAAUUUAGAUGACCACAGUGUAAACAUUCGUCGACUGUCAACAGCCUCGUGGGUCAAGGCAUCCCCUGGUGACAGGUUUGGUACCAAAUGGACCUGGUAUUGGAGAAACGAUCAGGAACAGUGGGUCCCUUAUGAUAGAGCUAACCUACCAGUUUCCAACACAGCUCAGAAUUCAUCCAGCAAUGAAAUCCUUGAGGAACACUACCUGUCUGGUAUGUGUCUAGAUAUCUACUUUUGUAUGUAUUGUAUCUUAAACUUGUACUUUGAAUUUUCCUUUAACACUAGUUGGAUUUUGUGCAAUUUUUAGGUGCAGAAUCUUUCACGUUAUCUUGCAACGGACAAUCGUAUAACAUCGACCUUAAGAAUUUCCAACAGACAAAUACGGCCACAGGUAAAUCAAGAAAAAUCCGCAGGAGGCCUACGAAAUUUAUCGGGACGAGCGACGCCGCUACCAUUUUAAGGUAAGAAAGUGGCAAUUAUUGAUACUUUGAAGAUCCUCGGAUCUUAAAUUUGCAAUUUUCGAAUUAUCAUAAUUACGCCCCAUAUCAGUAGUUCCGUACCAAUAAAAGUAUGAUUCCUUAGGAUUCUUCCGUAAAUUAUGUAUGGAAAAAAUCCUCGCAUAUGAAUCAAAUCGUUGUUAGAGAUAUAAAAAAUGGUUAUUUUCCUCACAUUCUCCUGUAAUCAUGCAGGACAAAUGGGAAAUACAUGGCACUCUGGGGAGAACAGUAUAAAAAUAUAGUUUAAUACUGAUUUCAAUUGUUUUUUCAAUAGGAGAAGGGAUUGCCAACCGUCACCAGCGUCACCUUCACGCCCGGUUUUACCUACAUCCAGUAACGCCACACUUCCCCAGGGAUGGACCGCAAUGUCAGCUGGACAGGAUGUUGUCAUGGUUACCUUACAGCCAGGUUCAGCACAAUACAACCAUGCGCAAACGGAGUUUAAGAAAACGCUGAGUGGCAAGACAAUUCGCAAAAUAGAACGCGUUCAAAAUAUCGAUUUGUGGGAAUCUUAUUCAAGGUAUAUACACGUAAAUAAAACGCUUUUAAAUACUUUCCAGGCUUUUCAGGGGUCACUUUGAAAUGACAGGAGUUUUCAAGGAGGUUUCUAGGACUAAAGCAAAUGCAGUGCUUUUCAGGGCACGUACAAACCCAGGAUUAUUUACAAUGUUUGCCAUCCAGUACAGUUAGUUUAUAGUUUAGUUUAUCAAUAUAAAUAAAUUCAUAAAUCAGGUGUAUCUUAUGGGCAUCAUCCGCAUUGCUGCAAUGCCGUGGGUCGCAAAUCGUUAUGAGGGGGGUGGGGUGUCUCGGGCAUGCAUUUGGCGCGGGGGAGGCUAUGUGCAAUUUGAGUCCCAGGUGGGCACAAUUCAUCACAGGCUAGUUCCCUACAGUUUAUAUAUUUUCUAUUUCAACAGGAAAUUAUCCAAGCUUUCACGAAAAUUAGGCAGGCCAGUUGAAGUGCGAGAGCUAUUUCACGGAACAAACGAGAACGCCGUGAAAGCGAUAUGCCAGCAAGGUUUUGAUUGGCGGGUUAAUGGUCCUCAUGGAACAGCCUGCGGCAAGGGAUCGUAUUUUGCCGUAAAUGCUUCAUAUUCCGACGGAUAUUCGAGCGUGUCACCAACUACAGGCCACAAAAUGAUGUUUUUGAAUAAAGUUAUCGUUGGUUUGUAUGUUGUUGGUAAUUCAAACACAGUGCGACCACCAGCCAGAGAUCCGAACAAGCCUUAUGAAUUGUAUCAUUCGUGUGUGGAUAACACGGCUAACCCCGUAAUGUUUGUGGUGUUUGAAAAUGAUCAAUCGUAUCCAGAAUUUGUGAUUAGUUAUUCAUGAAAAUUGGGAUAUUAGAUGGAAGUACAUGCAACUAAUUAUCUAAAGCCCCGUUUACACUACGCUCAAUUUUUGGUACCAUACCACUUUUUAAGUGAAUAUAGAAUGAAAUUUAUAUUUUUGUUUAUAGUAUUAAAGAACAAUAAAAAAAUAAUAUGAAGCUUCUUUUUAAUUGUUGAAAUUUUAAAUUUAAUUUUUAAUUCGUUACUGAAAACAUCGAAAUUGGUAAAUACGUUGAUUUAUAAUAUAGCAUUUGUAAAUUCUGAACGCUGAUUGGCUAAGAGCCGUGUUGAUAUAACUCAAUGUCAACACGGAAACGUCGGAAAACUUCUUUCUCUAUAUUUCUUUGUGCUAUAUUAUAAAACAAAUAUAAAACAUUUUUUCCGUAUUGAUAACAGUUAUAUCAACACUCGCUGAAAUUGGGAAAGCUCGAAAUUGUGUGAAAACACUCCGCCUUUCCACACAAUUUCUCGUUUUCCCAAUUUCCACUCGUGCUGAUAUAACUGUAUAUCAAUUAACACGGAAAAAUGUUUUAUAUUUGUUAAAUAUACUGCUAAUAAUAUCUCCAUUACUUUUGUCACCGCGAUAAAUUCGCAGCGGAGUGAUCUUUGCAAGAUCUUUAAUUAAAGGGGGCCGAUAUAUUCCCCCUUUAAUUAAAGAUCUUUAUAUUAAGGAGUAUAUGAUAUUCCCCGUUCCUCCGUUACCCCCAAUUCUCCCAUUUAAAGUGGCCCUAUUGCCAAGGCAAAAUCAGACAAAGACAUUUGAUCAAAAUUGGAAACUUUUAGAUAGCAAUUACAGUAUAAGUGUAAUGGGAGAAGUUUAACGUCAAAAUGCAGCGACUCUUCUUACGGGCUUUUACUGUAUAUAUCAAUAAAAAGUUCCUACCACUACUUGUUUUGGUCUUUACUACCGUCACCAAUUUCUCCACGUUUGUGUUGUUCUUCGGCCAACUUGGCUGCGGCAACCAGACGACGUACUGACUGUCUCGUUGUUCUUAGUUUUCCACCGACCACCUCGUUCACGAUAUCGUUGAUUUUCUCAGCUAACUUUUCCUCGUUAGAUUUUGAGCCCGACGUAAAACUGGAUUCUGAUUGGUCAGCGUGAACAUCAGCGCUUUUAUCUGCUAGCUCGCCUAUUGGUUCCUCUUUCUGAGAUAUAGUGGUUGUCGUACUUGUUGCAUGCGAAGUCAAACUUGUCGCGUGUGAAACCGUGCUUGUCGCACGUGGUGUUGUACUUGACGACGGAGUUGACUGCGUACCGACUUGUACUGUACUUUGGGCAUUAUGUGCGCUUGAAGUUUGUGCGCUUGAAGUUUGUGAGCUUGAAGUUUGCGCGCUUGCUUUGGCAGCAUUUAGCGCACUUGAUUUGGCAGAUGCUGGGACUUGAAUAAAGUGCGUGGUUGGUUUGGUAGUCGAUUGGGGAUUCGAUUUUCCAAUCGACAUGACACUCGGCUUUCCGGUCACUAGCGGGGCGAUGUGCUUAAUGGAUUGCUCGACUGGUUUCCCAGCCGUUGGCGCAGUGGUUUGAACUAGUUGCGUAGAAGCUUUUGGAGAUGCUUGUGCAGUUGAUUUCUCAAUAACUGCCACAGCAGGACGCACACUUGAUAAUGAGGCUUGCGUGGAAGAUUGAACAGUUUGCGAACUUGAUUUUGGCGUAGUGCUUGCGGCAGCCGAUGCUACAGUUUGAGUAUUUAAUUUCGUCGUGGUUUGUGUAGUUGUCAUCGGUAUAGCUUGCGCACCGGAUCUUGAGUUGCCCUGUCCCGAGGUCGACGCACUCGAUUGUGUAGAUGACUGGGAACCAGCCUGUGUUAUUAAUUUGGAAGUGGUCUGCGCACCAGUUCCGUCGAUAGUUCGCGUUGAAGAUUGCGCAGUAUUUCUAGACUUAAUAUGUUGCACUGACGUGCUGGCUGGGUUAGUCAAAGUUUGAGAUGCCUUCAUCUGCACCGCUCCAAUUUGGCUGCCAGUUUGCAGUCCAGUCAAAUUUUGAAUCGUUUUGAGUUUUGCUUUUAAACGUUCGAGAUUUAUGUGGCUGACGUUAGACGCAUGAGACGUGAGCGCCUCGGCGGGAAGGGACCUGGACACUACAGUCACAUUUUUCGAUGCCGUCGAAGGGUUAUACGAGACCGUGCGUUUCACUCCGACUUGAAUGGUACGUGCCAUAGAUUGAGUUGAUGGGGACUUUCUCGCGAGAUUCGUAGAAGACUGUAGGGAUCCCGCAUGACUAACACGAACGGUGGUUUGUUUAGACGCUGUGCUGGACAAGGUUGUUUGUUUAGACGCUGUGCUGGACAAAGUGGUUUGAGGUUUUGCACUAGAGAACGUAUUCACACGUGUACCUUGGGGUGCUACUUUGUGUUGGGUAGGUGGGUUGCCAUGGGAAGACGGCCGCAUGCUGGCCUGUUUACCAACCGCCGACAAUUGCCCUUGAUGCACUACAAAUUGAGUUUGCCCGCCGAUCACGGCAGACUUGGGAACAGUGACCACAGUCCGAGACACAACGAUUGGUUUAGAGCUGGUAGUCGAGGCUUGGGAAACAUUGACUGUGGUUGAUGACGUGGUAGAUGACGUCCGAGGUGAUGACGUGAUAGGUAGUGAGCUCAAUAAACUUGAGUUGGUAGUAGUGGAGAUGGUUGAAGUUUGUGAGGUGGUGUUCGCAGUGGUCGCUUUGAGAGAGGCGGAGGUUUUAUUGGGAAGAGGGGCAGUUACGAUAGCAGUCUUGUACUGCAAUGUUGCGUGAGAUUCAGAUGAUAGUCCAGACUUCGAUGGACCAGUGAGCUGUAUACCACCAUCCGCGGAGGGGUUCACAACAAUCUUCAGAUGAUGGGUGUUACCUGAAGUUCCCAUGGUCGUUAUACCGGAGGUGGUUACCCCAGGGUUAGCAGACCCACUGACUGCCCCAGGAAAUACGAAAGACCUUCCGCCCAACGAUCCUUGCUUGAUCACUGCAGAUACCGGAACAUUGACAGCAGAUACCGGAAUAUUAACACCAGAUAAACGGACUCCAGGUAUACUAACCCGAGAUACAGGCAUGCCGGUGAGUGGAACUCCAACAGCAGAUAUGGGCACACUGACACUGGUUAGCGGAACGCCUUGAAGGAUACCGCUAGGGAUUGUGGGGUGUGUGCCUCGUAAUGGCGCAAUUGGAAUACUUCCGGUGGGACGAACUGCUGGCGCACCUGGUGCUUGACCUGUUUGACCAGUCCCUGGGACAAGUACGGCCGGUUUAUUUACCGGGGGCUUUUUGGCAGUUUUGACAGUUUUUGGUUUCUUCGCCACAUUCCCCUCACCAUUAGUUGCCUUGGGGGUUCGUCCCCGAGGUUUCUUAGGGGCUGUUGCCGACCCCGUGCGAUCUCCGGCCGGCCGUUUCCGAUACUCAGUUUUCGGUUUCUUGCGUCGAUUUUCGACGUCAUCAAAAUCAAAGUAGUCCAACCUGGGAUGUGAAUCGUCGUUCAUGCUAGAAACAGCUUUGUUUAGGAAUUCACCAAUAUCAUCC